GGGCCUCGUUACGCGUGCGGAAGGCCUUGCCGCUGCGCGGUGAGUUCGCGCAUGCUCUGUAUGUUCCACAGUAUGAGGGCGGCGUCUGGGGUGUGCCGGCUGGGUCCUUGGGAGCGCAGGCCAGGCGUAGCAGAGACAGAAGAUACCUGCUUCUCCGUUCCAGGCCCCUCUAUCCUCAAACAUGGCGGGUGGCAUUACCGACACAGGGGAGCUGUACUCUCCUUACGUCGGCCUGGUUUACAUGUUCAACCUUAUCGUUGGUACGGGAGCCCUAACCAUGCCGAAGGCCUUUGCCACCGCUGGCUGGCUCGUCAGCCUCAUUCUCAUAAUGUUCCUGGGCUUCAUGAGUUACAUGACUACAACAUUUGUGAUGGAAGCCAUGGCCGCUGCUAACGCCCAGCUGCGUUGGAAGAGAAUGGAAAAGCACAAGGAAGACGACGAUGAAGAUUCUUCUUCUGGGGUCUCUGAUAGUGAUGUUCUCCUCCCAGAUGGCUAUGCACGAUCAGAGACGCGGCCUAUCCUGUCAGUUCAGAGACGUGGCUCACCCAGUAUCUUUGAAAUCACUGAGAGGGUGGAAAUGGGUCAGAUGGCCUCUAUGUUCUUCAAUAAAGUGGGGAUCAACUUGUUUUACUUCUGUAUAAUCAUCUACCUCUAUGGGGACCUAGCGAUCUACGCAGCUGCUGUGCCAGUCUCGCUCAUGCAGGUGACCUGCAGCGUAACUGGCAAUCACUCCUGCAGUGUUGAAGAUGUCACAAAGUAUAACGAUACAGACAAGUGCUGGGGGCCAAUCAGGCGGAUUGAUGCUUACAGACUCUAUCUGGCAGCAUUUACUCUACUACUGGGUCCUUUCACCUUUUUUAAUGUCCAGAAGACCAAGUAUCUGCAGAUCAUGACAUCCCUGAUGAGAUGGAUAGCUUUUGUCGUCAUGAUUAUUUUGGCCCUCAUCCGCAUCGGCAAGGGUGAAGGGGAAGGUCACCCGCCUCUGGCGCAGCUCUCGGGGAUCCCCAACCUCUUUGGGGUGUGUGUCUACUCCUUCAUGUGCCAGCACUCACUGCCGUCCCUCAUCACUCCAAUCUCCAAGAAGCAGCAUGUAAACAAGCUGGUGCUGCUGGAUUACAUCUUAAUACUGGGUUUCUACAGCCUCCUGUCCUUCACGGCCAUCUACUGCUUCCGCAAUGAGAUCCUCAUGGACAUGUACACACUCAAUUUCACCAACCCUAACAUCACCAACAUCGCCUUCAUUCGUUACUUCCUGGGCCUCUUUCCUGUUUUCACUAUCAGCACUAACUUCCCGAUCAUCGCUGUGACCCUGCGGAACAACUGGAAGACCCUUUUCCACCGGGAAGGUGGGACGUACCCAUGGGUGGUGGAUAGGAUUGUCUUUCCAGCAAUCACUCUGAUUCCCCCUGUGCUGGUGGCUGUCUGCACACAUGAUUUGGAGUCCUUGGUGGGCAUCACGGGAGCCUAUGCUGGCAAUGGGAUCCAGUACAUCAUCCCAGCUUUCUUGGCCUACUGUAGUCGGAAGGACACUCAGCUGAUCUUCGGCAGUGGCACAGUCAAUAACCAUCUAUCCCCUUUCCGGCACAUCUUCUGGAUCUGGUUUGUGCUGCUCUGGAGUCUUUUCUGCUUUGUGUUUGUAACUGCAAAUAUCAUCCUGAGUGAGACAAAACUCUGAUGAUGGGGCAGCAGCACUCUUCAUCCAGGGCUCUGGAGGAGAUUCCAGGAUUUCAACUCCUGUUUCAGACUCAGUUAACAAAAACCCAACAACCUGCUCUUUGCAAGCAAUCAGCUUGUUGAUGCAGGUUUGAUCUGGACAUUAGGACUUUUUAUCCUCUCUUCCCCUUGGGUGCUGAUGUAACUUGCUCAACCUCCUUUUGGUUCUGGUUCUCAAACUGAACAUGCGAAGCCAGGGUUGGGAGCUCUCAGACCGUUUCUGCCUUGAGUUGGGGAAGUUCCAUUACAGAGCAUCUUCCUCUCUGUCCAGGAGCAGCCUCCUUAUGGUGCUGCAGGUUUCGGCACAUGGAAGGCUGUCUGGCCUGCAUCCGCUCCCCAUGAGAGCUGGACAAAUAUCUCUGCCAGAAACAGGGAACUGUUAUAGCUGCUGACACAAUCCAACAGCAGUUCUCUGGAGGGAUCCACUUACCCCUCACCAAGGAAGUAGCAGACUUUUUUGGUUCGUUAAAGAAUUUCGGGUACACGGUGAGGGAGCCGGUUAACUAGGGAUGACAACUGGUGGCAUGUCUGGAGGAUGGGUCAGGAGACGGUAGAAAUCAAUGGGCUUCUGUGUGGUUACUAUGACUGGUCCUGUUACAAAUCUUUCUCACGGUUUCUCCAUUUCUGUUACUACCUUUUCAGAAAACAUUGGCCUUUGUUUUAUUUGCUGUGUGGUCCGUGGGGUAGAACGUGUGGACUCAAUAGGUCUGGAUUAGCUCAUUUGCCUGUUUGAUAAGAUUACACCAACCCUUGGUCCUGGAGUUCUGCUCCAGCCACUUUUUCUGGUUGCCUUAACUCUCCCUCCCAAGGCAAACCCAUUCUGCGAGGCUCUGGAUCCCAGUCGCUUCCUCACUUUGUUAGCUCUUUGGUGCUGCUAAGUGGCCUCAGCUGUCAGAACAGAUCUCACAAGUGCUGGAGCAGCAGGGCAGACUAUGGCCACAGCAGUCAGGAUCUGUGUGGCCUUGGGAGGUGCUAAUUACCUGUCGGUGACAUGCAUUAGACCCUCGAGCACUUGCUGGGCGUACUGACAUUUCCAGGCUCUUGCUCUGGGUAAUUAGCCUUGAAACAAGCUGGGUGUUAACUCAGGGGAGAAUGUAGUGCCAGCUGGAGAAUUCAGCACUGCCCCACUCACUGUGCCGUCUCACUUCAGAAAUGGAGCUCAGAAGUAUAAGCAGAGAGAGGGAAAAACAUGGAAGAUGCUCUGGAAAUAGUCCAUAAUGCUAUUAUCCUGCUUCUAACUUCUCCCUCUGCCUAGGGUUAAGAAUUUUUCUUGCAUCUGUUCGAGACAGAGUUUAAGAAUCAUCCACCCUCCAAAAAUUCGGCUUAGCACACCAUACCCCAGCUUACAGGCAGAGACACUUCUCUUCUUGCAUGAGAACUGUCUUGUGUAUUGGACACCGACAGGCUUUGAUUCAGUCUGUGCUGUUGGGGCUGCUAACUCUCUUACUGCAAAGUGACACGUUUAUUACUCUAGCAAUCUGAGGGCCCAGGGUCAAAGGUCAUAAAAUAAAGGCUUUAAUAACAGGAGGCAGAACUUUUACUGUUAAACUUUUUACCUUAAAUAUUUUAAGACAUUCCCCCCCCUGUGAUUAAGCCAGGUUCAAAGACAGCUGCCAGUCUCUUGCUCCCAGUGCUACUGCUAUAUUAAAUGUCACUUUUCACCAACGUUGAGCUUGGGCAAACCGUCUUCUUUUUUUAAUCAAGCUUUCUUUUUAAUACAAGCUUCAGGUUUCUACGUGACAUGAAGCACUUCCUGCCAUGGAAACAUUCAGGUGGUAGGGGCUGUGCAAAAGCAGCUUUCUUCAAAAAGCUUGGGGGGGGAGGAACCUCUCACCCCCCUUAAGCGACGUGAAGAUGUCCUUGAAUGUUGCAUAAACAUAGGAUGUGCCAGUUGGGUGGAGGGGAGUCGGUUCCAGCAUAAUAAACCUGACAUCCCCUCUCCUCCCGAUCAUAAACAGGAUUUGGCAGCCCUUGCUGGUGCAUCACUCAGCUUACCUACACGGCCCUAAGUGCUACAAGGAAGCUGAUUUGUCUCUUUUGGUGCCAGGUUACCGAGUGGGCUGUGUGAGUGAAUUGCUAAGCCCGACACUCUGUUCUGGGUUAGGGAGAACAAAAGCACAGAUGCAGUUUGGAGGGCAAAUCCAUAGUACAGCUGAGCUCGGAGCCACCUGCCGGGACUAGUGCAGGAGUUUGCACCUGCUUCCUUCUGUUGCUCAUUCUCAGGGCUGUUAUGUCUGACAGCCAGGAAUGGGAGAGAUCAUAGAUGCCGUGGCAGGGCACACUGGGCCCGUCUGUUCUUGUACAGCACAGGGGCAGGCACUGGUAGGAAUAGCUUUGCACAUUUGCAGCAAAGAAAUGAGCCUGUGAAGGACCUUAGAAUGGAUGGAAAUGCUACGUGGCACAAGGCUCCUUUUGGUAACAGGCUUCGAGGGUCUUUCUAGCCGUUUCAAUCCCUCAAAGCAGUGAGCUGAUUUUUCUCACCUUGUGUCCCACUGACAGCACCAAACCAGAUCACGUCCCCAAGUGCCCAGAAGCUAACAGGCAACUUUAAUCAGCCGUUUAUUCCUUCUCUGCUCCAGGGCUGCCAAAUGCUCAAAGACCCUGCUGUCCUUUUCCCUCGCCCACCCUUGGCCUGUCCAGGUCAGGGAGCAGAGUUGCUAGAAGACCUCGGCUCUGAGAAUGAGCCAGUCUCCACCUUGGUACAGCUGCGAACGUCAAGCUCCGUAUACAGUAGUGUGCAGAAACUGCUGGCCCAGAGCCUGAGAACUGGGCCUGAGGCAGCAUAGCUUGGUUCAUGAGCUCAUGGCAAGCGCAGUGACCCUCCCACCACCACCACCAGCCCAAAAAGGUCUGACAACGGUGUUUGUCAAAGCACAAAACCAUGGUACUGCCUCCCUUUUCCCCACUAACCCCUCCUUGCAUGGGCACCUAAGAUUCCACAGCUCUCUGCCUUCUGACAGGCAGAAUUGGUUUUAAUGGACUUCAGUUACAAUGUGCCUUUUCUCCUCUGGCUUAGAUUAACUCCCCUCCUGAGAAGCUUCCUUUGGAACGUUGAGCAAGGGUGGUUUCCGUGGGGCCCCUGUGUAAACUGUGAACCGCUGUGAUCUGAGAUGUAGCUAAGCAGCGGGGGAUGUCUGGCUCAUUGUAGAAUGGGUGUCUUGCCUGGCGUCCCACCAGGGAACACUCUCCUCCCUACGCAUGAAAAGCAACAUCGGAGAGACUUUCCAGACACCUGCUGUCCUCGCUUGGUGAAAGAAUCAACCCUCCUAAUGGGAGGAACUCCACCGUGAGGAAGGGAGGCAGAACAUUUUUCAUUUAAAAUGUGAAACAAGAAAUGCCUCAAAAAGUUGAAGGAAAACGGGAAGUUGGAUGGAUCAAGCCAGAGCAAAUAUCUCCACUAGGUCCUUGCCCGCCUCAUUAGAUGCAGAGCCGGCAGGGGGUCCAGUUGCUGUACUGGCUUGGUGUGGCAUGAUAACUCGUCUGCUGUCUGGUUUAAGAAUAAGGUUUUUAAAUGGCUAUUAUGACAGUGGGUUAUUUGGAUCCUCACCGCGCCGUACUCAGCUUGUCCCAGUGUGUAAUUAUUUCUCCAAAAAGCAUACAAAUAAAACACACAUUCUGCAUA